AUGAAGAACGCCGCUCUUCUCUCCGCCAUGGUGCUGGCCGCCGUGACCGUACGAGCCUUGCCCACCGCUACGCUAGCCGACCACCUGAUCAAGGGUCGCUCUGUCGACAAUGCCCAGUUGAGAGCAAGGGGUACCUCGACGCGCGAAGGAGAGCAGUCCUUCCUUCGAACUCGCAACAGCGCUAGUGCGCACCUGCCUGGCAUGGACCACGUCGCUGACGAGGUGCAGCUGGCUCGAAGCCUCGUUCAAGAGGGCAGCGACUACGCCUCCCUUGGAAUGGUGAACGGCAAAAGAGAUGUCUCGCCAGCAACCGACGCUCUUGAUGCGCGCAGAACGCCACCAGGGGUAAGCCACAAUGGCUAUCUGGGUCCCAUCUUUAACGGCAAGAGGGAGCUCGCUGUCGACACCAAGACGAACGACGGCGACAUUCUCGCACGCCGAUCGACGUUGAACCCUAGAAAGCUCUGCUCACAGGACCCCGCGGUCGCGUGCGGUGGGGGUGGCUGGAACCUCGGUAGGGGCAGACGAGACCUUCAGCCAAAUGCCCAACCUUUCGAUGCUGAUGUUCUCGCCACUCGUCAAAGCGAUGACGCCGUGCUCAAGGCGCGCGAAAUCGAUUUCAGAGUAAAGCCCAUCUUCACCCCAGAGGUCCCGCGGAAACCGCCCGCUAGCCACGAUCCUCCCACCAAGAGGCACGUCUCGCCAUCCACUGAGCGCCUUGAAGCUCGUCAAAAGCCUGUUUGGAAGCAUCGCGGAGGCGCUGGUGGUCCAAUCUUCAACGGCAGGAGCGACGCAACGUCUGACGAGACUAUCGAGGCGCGCCAAGGAGAUGGGAAGAACAAGCUUCGCUGGUCUGAUCACCCCCAGCACAUCGGCAAGCGUGAUCUUGAGCCUACCCAAUCUUUGGAGGUGCGUGGUACUGAGGAGAUGGACCACCAGAAUACGAUUGUUACUCGAUCGGGCAGCCUCGGCAGGCGCGAACCGAUGCCCAGUCCAGUUCCUCAGCCCAAAAAGCAGCGAGGCAACAGCCAGCAGGCCAACGUCCAGAAGAAUCACACAAAGGCGUCUCAUGGCCAGACCCAAAAGGCAACUCGUAAGCCGAAGAAGACCAAGGUCGGUUACGUUUAUCCCGCUUCCAAAGACCCUCUCGCCGCUUUCUAG